UAAAGGCAAAGUUUAGAUGUUGGUUUAAGUUUGUGACUUGGGGUUUAUUAAAAGGCGGCACACAGUGGCGGGUCCUAACCUGCGCAGCAUGGCGAAGCCAGCGAUCGGGUGCGAGCCGCUGGUGGGUUCACUAGUUCCCUCCAAGAAACGCGACUACAAAGUGACCAACAAGCUUCAAGAAGGCAAGCGGCCCUUAUACGCCGUCGCUUUCAAUUUCAUUGACUCUCGCUACUUCAACGUCUUCGCCACCGUUGGCGGCAACCGCGCUACUGUAUAUCAAUGUCUUGAGGGUGGUGUUAUAGCAGCAUUACAGUCUUAUGUUGACGAAGAUAAGGAUGAGUCAUUUUACACUGUAAGCUGGGCUUGCAAUGCAGGUGGAAUUCCAUUCUUGGUGGCUGGAGGUAUCAAUGGCAUAAUCCGUGUCAUUGAUGUCAGCAAUGAGAAGCUUCAUAAGAGUUUUGUUGGCCAUGGAGAUUCAAUCAAUGAAAUCAGGACCCAGCCAUUAAAGCCAUCACUUGUGGUGUCUGCUAGCAAAGAUGAAUCUGUACGUCUUUGGAAUGUGGAUACUGGAAUAUGCAUUUUGAUAUUUGCUGGAGCUGGUGGUCAUCGUAAUGAAGUUUUGAGUGUGGACUUUCAUCCUUCAGACAUAUAUCGCAUUGCAAGUUGUGGCAUGGACAACACUGUUAAGAUUUGGUCAAUGAAAGAAUUUUGGACAUAUGUGGAGAAGUCAUUCACAUGGACAGAUCUUCCUUCAAAAUUUCCCACAAAAUAUGUGCAGUUCCCUGUCUUCAUUGCUUCUGUUCAUUCAAAUUAUGUUGACUGUAAUCGGUGGCUUGGCGAUUUUGUUUUGUCAAAGAGUGUUGACAAUGAAAUUGUGUUGUGGGAGCCAAAAAUGAAGGAACAGUCUCCUGGAGAGGGUACGGCUGACAUCCUCCAAAAAUACCCUGUUCCUGAGUGCGAUAUCUGGUUUAUCAAGUUCUCCUGUGACUUCCAUUACAAUGCAGCUGCUAUUGGUAAUAGGGAAGGGAAGAUUUAUGUUUGGGAGCUGCAAAGUAGCCCCCCUGUUCUCAUCGCAAGGCUCUCUCACGCGCAGUCAAAAUCUCCGAUCAGACAGACUGCCAUGUCCUUCGAUGGAAGUACAAUCCUCAGCUGUUGCGAGGAUGGAGCUAUAUGGCGAUGGGAUGCUGUACCAACUUCCUGAGUUAUCUAAGUGGGUUAACUUGAUGACCUUUGUUAAAGCUCUUUUGUUGUAUUGUGAAAUUAUAAAGGACAUGAACAUAAAGUUGACUGCAUGACUCUUUAAGUAAACCUGUUGCAUUUUAUUGACAAA